AGACUUUCUCUUCCUCCCCCUCCCUCUCCCUCACCCCACGGACAGGAGCGCACCGCCUGCCCCCAGCUCCUUGGGAAGGGAGGAAUUCAGAAAAAAAGUUUCCCAGAAGUUUGGAUCAGAGGAAGGACGGGAAGACCGAGAGAGGAAGAGGGAGAGGGAGGAGAGAAAAGGGAGAGGGAGGAGAGAGAGAGAAUAAAAAAAAAAAAAAAAAAAAGAUGAAGUCCAGUCUGCACAGCCUGUGAGCGCCUGCCCCGGUGGGUGGGAAGCAGGACUCGGGCGCUCAUGCAGCGAGCGGGCGGCGCUCCGGGCGCUCGUUCCUAGCCGCUGGGGCAGCCAGGGGCGCCGGUCCCGGCCGGCAGCGGAGGGCGGGGGAGGACGCAGGGGGAGGGUGCAGAGGAGCCGCAGGGCCGCCGCCUCUCCCGGGCCCGGCCCGGCGGGAGCUCCGAGCGUGAGGGCGCGGGCUGUUCCCUGAGUAGCGGGGGCGAGCGGAGGCCGGGGUGCGGGCGGCUAAGAUGAGUGAAAGGAGAAGAUCUGCAGUCGCCCUGAGCUCGCGAGCACAUGCCUUCUCGGUUGAAGCCCUGAUCGGCUCGAAUAAAAAGCGGAAACUGAGAGACUGGGAGGAGAAGGGGUUGGACCUGUCCAUGGAGGCGCUGAGCCCCGCGGGCCCACUCGGAGACGCGGAGGACGCGGCCGCACACGGCCUGGAGCCUCACCCGGAUUCCGAGCAAAGCACUGGUUCAGACUCUGAGGUGCUCACUGAGCGUACUUCCUGCUCCUUUGACACUCACACUGACUUGGGCCCUGGUGCUGCAGGCCCUGUGCCUGCAGCCAUGUCUUCCAUGGAAGAAAUUCAGGUGGAGCUGCAGUGUGCUGACCUCUGGAAGAGGUUCCAUGAUAUUGGAACUGAGAUGAUUAUCACCAAAGCAGGCAGGAGGAUGUUUCCUGCCAUGAGAGUGAAAAUCACUGGCCUGGAUCCACACCAGCAGUAUUACAUAGCAAUGGACAUUGUGCCUGUGGACAAUAAAAGAUACAGAUAUGUGUACCACAGCUCCAAGUGGAUGGUGGCUGGCAACGCGGACUCCCCUGUGCCCCCAAGAGUUUAUAUACACCCUGAUUCUCUAGCUUCUGGAGACACUUGGAUGAGACAGGUGGUCAGUUUCGACAAACUCAAGCUGACCAACAAUGAGUUGGAUGAUCAAGGACAUAUCAUUCUGCACUCUAUGCACAAAUACCAGCCUCGGGUUCACGUGAUCCGCAAGGAUUUCAGCAGUGACCUGUCGCCCACCAAACCUGUCCCUGUUGGGGAUGGCGUGAAAACAUUCAACUUCCCUGAGACAGUGUUUACCACGGUCACAGCCUACCAGAACCAGCAGAUCACCAGAUUAAAAAUUGAUCGAAACCCCUUUGCUAAAGGAUUCAGAGAUUCUGGAAGAAACAGAACUGGCCUGGAAGCCAUUAUGGAGACUUAUGCAUUCUGGAGACCCCCUGUGCGCACACUCACCUUUGAGGAUUUCACCACCAUGCAAAAGCAGCAAGGGGGCAGCACAGGCACUUCCCCGACCACCUCCAGCACCGGGACACCAUCCCCUUCAGCUUCCUCUCACCUUCUGUCUCCAUCCUGUUCUCCUCCAACAUUUCAUCUGGCCCCCAACACUUUCAACGUGGGCUGUCGAGAGAGCCAGCUGUGCAAUCUCAACCUCUCUGAUUAUCCGCCCUGUGCCCGAAGCAACAUGGCUGCCUUGCAGAGCUACCCAGGGCUGAGUGACAGUGGCUACAACAGGCUUCAGAGUGGCACUGCUUCCGCCACUCAGCCCUCCGAAACCUUCAUGCCUCAGAGGACUCCAUCCCUGAUCUCAGGAAUACCGACUCCUCCCUCGUUGCCUAGCAACAGCAAGAUGGAAGCCUAUGGUGGCCAGCUGGGGUCCUUCCCCACCUCCCAGUUCCAGUACGUCAUGCAGGCCGGCAACGCAGCCUCUAGCUCCUCAUCCCCACACAUGUUCGGGGGCAGCCACAUGCAGCAGAGCUCCUACAACGCCUUCUCUCUCCACAACCCUUACAAUCUCUAUGGAUACAAUUUCCCCACUUCUCCCAGGCUAGCUGCAAGCCCAGAAAAACUGAGCGCCUCUCAAAGCACUUUACUCUGUUCUUCUCCUUCCAAUGGGGCCUUUGGAGAGAGGCAGUACCUACCCACGGGGAUGGAGCACAGCAUGCACAUGAUUAGCCCUUCGCCCAAUAACCAGCAGGCGACUAACACCUGUGAUGGCCGGCAGUAUGGGGCGGUCCCGGGCUCCUCCUCCCAGAUGUCCGUGCACAUGGUUUAAGGGCCAGCCCAGAGUCUCCAUGGGCAGGUCCUCUUUGGGAGCCCAAGCCUUUGAAGAACGGGAACUGUGUUUUGUUUUGUUUUCUGGAGGAGGAAAGCACAUACCCAAGAACAGCAAAAGACGUUUAAGCCACUGAAGGAUACUUGCAGUGGUAUCAUCUCUGACUCGGUGGCCAUUCCCCUGCCUUCCCAAACCUUAGUUUUAUAAAGCAUUGUCUACUCCAGAGUGGCCUUUGAAGAAACUGAAUAAUCAUUUUAUAAUAAUGUUAAGGGAGAUGCUAGCAUGUAGCAGCCAUGAAAAUUUACCCCUACACAAAUACAGACCUACCUAUACAUGAUACAUACAUACAUACGUGCAUGCAUGCAUACACACACAUAUAUAUCCACACAUAGACUCUUACACACACCAACAUACAUGCACACUGACUCGGAAGUGGGUGAACUCUGGAGGGGGGGGCCCAGAUGGGUGCUUUCACCAAGAAUUGGUCUAGGUACAACACUAGAUGGACUGGGCCAGCAGUAGCUGUCAACCUUUCUCCCCCACAGCCUACCCUGUUUCUGGAAUGAACCAUGUAUCCUGGAGUCCCUUUCCAUCCACGAGCGUAGACAGACGUCAGCACUACAACUGGACUGGGCUUCCUGAACAAGAUUGCUUUUGAACUUUGGCUCCCGGGCUCGGUGUGCUGUCGCUGACGUUCCCAGCGGUGCCUGGGGAAAGAGUUAGAGCUUAGAGCAGCUGAAGGAGAAAGGAGGAGAAGGAGGAAUGAGCAAGAGAGAGGCGGUGAGCAAGACUGAGAGAGAGGAAGUAUGAGCAAUGGUGGAAGUUUUAACGCACCAAGGAAAUUGGUUUUGGUUUGUUUCCUGCCCUCCCCCUUACAGGUUAUAGAAAGAAUUGUGGCAUUACUAAGGAGGAAGCCUCUCUGGGACACUGCAGAGUCAAGGUGCUGGUGACAGGGACCCGGGCAAGGAAUGCACUUCGAUCCCACAGCUUUGAGCACCGUGAUCUAGAAGAGGGGUACCCUGUAAGAGGGAGGGCCGAUUCCAGAGCACACAGCCUGGCAGGGAGGGGGGAACAGAAGGAAUGUGAAGAAGGAAGGGUGUUAUAAUCCCAACAGAUGAUACCAAGAGCAGAGGCGACAAAUAGAGGCCUGACCUUUCAUAUGCCAGAUCCAGACACCUGACCUGGAUUGGCUGCCCUGUAGCCCCUGUGGCAGGAGAAAUCCGGGCACGUCCCAGGGAAUAGCAGAUGGGCCUUCUACAUCCUUCCACCUGCCCUUAGAUCUCCAUUUUUAUCAAAUAGUUUAUUGCAUUUUGAAGUUUGGGUUUUUUUUUUUUUCCUUAUCUUUCCCUUCCCCUUCAGAUCCUUUAAUGUUAAGAAAACAAGUGAAGUUUGGUGCAAGCUAAACUUUUUAAGUGGUGUGGAAAUGCAAAUAAUACCAAGUAAAAUAAUACAGAUAUUAUUAAGAUUUUUUGGUUUUGAGGUGUUGUAGAUAAAUGUAUUUAUGUGCCUAGUGGGGAAUCCAAUAUUAUGAAUAUUAAAAAAGGGGGCAAUAAAAAGGGUAUGUAAAAUAUGUAUGAAGUAAAGGUGUAUAAAAAGUUUGCCCUUAUGCACGGAACUCUGUUUCUAAGUGCCAAGCACAGAAAGCCGCUAAAUAAAAUCUUUGCAAUUGUA